AUCGCCGACGGGGCAACAUAUCGACAUCCGCGAGGCGAUUUUUUCACUCUGUUGUGUGGUGCAAAGUUUAAUCUUCCAUUACUCAAGAAAUCACUUCGUCUGCUCGCUAAAAUCUCUCCUCAAAGAUCAACCCUCGAAAUCGACGCUGCGACGGUAACAAAAACUUACAAUUUACCAUUUGAACGUUUACCAGAGCUUUUUGGUUUUUUUUUUUACUUUUGUCACUCCGUAAUAAUUUUGAGAGCAAGAGAAAUAUGAGAUAAAAAAAAACUAUCUAUCAUGCAAAGAACGCUGGGAGUGCCUGUGCCUUGUUUCAUAUUGACGCCAUUUUCAUCGCACGACGAGAAAAAUGCCAUCGCGAGAGCAUUAAAAGAGUGUGUAUGUGUGUGAAGAAGAGAUUUUCUAUUGCGGAAAGCAUUAUUCUACGCGUCGAAUUUUAUUCCGUUCCUCCCUUUUCUUUUUGUUCCUCUGUCACGCAAAAUGGACGCGUGCAGUGUGAAGUGACAAAUAGCGAAUUGCCAAAAGAAAAUGUUUCCCAACUUCAUGGAUUUCGUUGCGUCGUGACGCCGUGCGACUUGUGAAAUCAAUCGAAUAAAUAUACAUGCAUUCUUGGGGCCCAGAAAUGCGCUUCUAUAUCAAAUCUGCAAAGUGUGUGAAAUUUCUGGGCUUGCUGCGAUUCAUAUUGCGAACAUCGUGAAUUCAAAUUUUUGCCGGUGGCCUUCAAAAGGCCCCAAAAAUAGAAUUCGGCGUGUGACGAAAUUUUGUGAUUGUAUGACAUAUCAUAAAUUGUAUUUCUGCCCAUCUAAAAUCUUCGCGCGUCUCGAUUUUUAUCAGUCAAUAAAAAAAAGAAGCAAAAUGAAAGAAAAAAGACAACUCUUCACAGCAAAGCAAAGAAAAAAUAUGAGAAAAAUAUCAUCGCCUUUAUUUAACAAGUCACAAUCACGACAAUGCACUAAAAAAAAAGCCUCUUUGAUAGAAUUAAUUUUGUUGAAAAAAAAAUGUAAUGCUCAACUUUGUUUCUUUAAUUCAACCCCCCUCCCCGCCACCCCCAAUAAAAAAAAAUAGGAAGUGAGAGAGAGAGAAAAAGAACCCUUUUUCAACUGCCUCUGCAUGUUUUUUAUUCUCUUGAGACUAUUUUUUAUCACUGUAUUUGUGGCAUUUUUAGCAGUAAUUUCUGUUUAACCAAAUUCAGUCACACAAUGUUUGUGCAGAAAACCUGCCGUAUUUUUUUUCUUUCUCAAUCACUCUUAGAAGUUCAUCAAACUCCAGCCCUGACAUAAUUCUUUCUCUCUCUCUCUCUGUUUUUGCCCGAAAAACAAAAUUCGCCACAGAGAAAAUGCGCAACUGAAUGAAGAUGAAUUCUUUUUGAUAUACUGAAAUUUCUCUGAUAUUUUUAGGCUAAUUCUCGGCACAAAAGUAGUUAACACGCAAGAUAAGGAUUUGCUGAAGCGCAAAGUGUUUGUUUUUUUUUUGCAGAGGGGAAGAAAGAGAGACAUUAAUUGUUGGGCCUUAACAAGAAAAUCUCACAGUGAAGAAGACAUAAAAUGCGGAGUGUAAUUUCAGUAAUUCAGAGCGCAAAGAACCUCAGCAAAAGCAACUUCUUAUCUACUUUUGCGCCUUUUUUUGCUUCCUCUCUUGAUAAACUGUGCAUUUUAUAAGGGGGAGCAAAUAGAAAUUCCUAUAAGAUUGUGAAAAUUCGUCGUAUUUCUAUUAGUCACUCAAUGGUUAAAUUUACAUUCAGCAUCACAUUUUGCCUCUUGAGAUCAAGACUUUAUGAUUAAUCAAGGGGAGAAAGUCAUUAGUUGAUUACUGGGGAAUCUUAAUGGUCUCAAUUAAAUAUUUAAAUAGUGAUUUUUACUUUAGAAUAGUGAAAAAUUUCAAAAACAAUAGUCAAAAGUGAUUAUUUUUCCAAGUAAAAUUGCAAAAUAAUAAAAGAUUGAAUAUUUUUCACAAAAUAUUUAAUAAAAAUUUAAAUUGAAAUAGCAAAAAUGUCACAAAGUUUGCCACAAUCUGGAUUCGAACACCUAAAAUUAGGAAGAAAUCCAGGAAAUUCAGUGAUUUUAAAGUUUAAAUUGCUGCCCUCUGGUGGCAAUAUGUGGAGAAAAAAAAUCAAAUAUCUUAAUUUUGAUUAAAUUAAAGAAAAAACAUUCACAAAGGAUUCUUUAUUGUGGCUUUGAACAAUAUAAUGUUAUGAACUUCUUCACCAGUUGCGCAAAUUCUCAUUUCUCUCACUGUAAUUUGAGAGCUCCUGAACUUUCUCACGUCAUUUGGGGGGAAAAAAGCAUGAGCUUUUUCUUCCCUUUUUUUCUUUCAUCGUCAUACAACUUUUGAGGGAAUUUCUCUCCUUAGAAAAAGAACAUUUUCACUAGUGUUUUCCCCCCCCCCCGCUUCGCGGUGUGAUUGAAAUAUAAGUUUAAGACUGUGUGAACAAAUGCUGUGUCGUUUGAUUUUCCCUCCUUCACUUCUUGUGAUUUCCCUUGAUUUCGCUGCUAAGGCAAAAAGAUAAAUCAAAUGUUUUAAAAACGUCUGAACAAAACAAACUCCUGACGAAGAAAACACGCACACAGACCUUUAAAAAACCAUGUCCAGAAAUUGUGACUGAGCCAAUAAAAAAAAACAAACAACAAAUAGCAACAAGAUGAGCACAAAGAAAACCAAACCUAUGUCAAAUUUCACAGUCGACGCACUCUGAACUUACGCACUGCGUUCAAACGACGAAACCCGCUACGCGACGCUAAGAAAACAGGCAUUUUGAGGGGCACCCACUUCGACAGGCCCUUCAAAGCGCUCCCAGUCCAGCUGCACGGCGUCCUCGUUGCAGUGCGCCGCCUCAUCGCAUCGACGUCAAGUCUUAUAGGUAGAUUUCAAAGCGAGAGAGAGAGAGAGAGAGAGAGCCUAGCUAUGGGCGAUAUUCGCGGCACACGAGUCUACGUGGGAAAUCUCACGGACAAGGUGAAGAAGGAGGAUCUCGAGGGGGAGUUCAUCAAGUUUGGCAAGCUGAACUCCGUCUGGGUGGCCUUCAAUCCGCCCGGCUUUGCGUUCGUGGAGUUCCAGAAUCAGGACGAGGCCGAGAAGGCCUGCGACAUCCUCAAUGGCACGGAAGUGCUGGGCUCCAAGUUGCGCGUUGAGAUCUCCAAGGGCCGGCCGAGGAGCUCGCGCGGCGGCCCCGGCGGCGGCAAGUUCGGCGGCCCGGGCGGUCGUGGGAUGAGCCGCGGCGGCGGAGGGUUCAGGAACGGCGGCGGGCCGCGCCAGAGCAGCGGCGGCGGCGGUGGCGGCGGAUUCCGCAGCAGUGGCGGACCGGGUGGGUUCAGCAGCCGCAGCGGCGGCGGCGGCGGUGGUGGGGGAGGCGGAGGCGGUGGUGGGUUCCGGCCACGCGGCCGGGGCGGCCGCGGCGGGUACGAUUCUGGCAAUGGUGGCGGCGGAUUCGGCAGUCGAUCGGGUGGAUUUGGGCGCGAUCGCGAUGGCGGCGGGUACAAUUCGUUCGGCGGCGGCGGACGGAGCAACAGUGGCGGCGGCGGCGGAGGCCGCUUCAGGUCACGGAGUCCGGCCGGCGGCGGAGGCCCACGAGGGCGAUUCUAAGCACAGAUCCUCCUUCAGAACCGCGCCUCACAAAUGGUUAAAAAUGGUCUCAUUCUAUAUAUAUUUAUAGAUAUUGCAUUAUUUUCUAGCUUUCGAUAGGCUGACAUUUCAUAGUUUUUGUUUUUCAUCUUUCGGAUUUUCAAAAUUCACCGCUAACGGAGGAAAAAUCAUAGUUUUUGUAUGAUUUUCACAACAAAUAUCAAAUAGACUGCCUAUCAAAUAGUUGAUAUUGCAAAUCUCUGACUUUCGGCUCCCGGGAUUAUUUUCUUUUCCCGCUUGUUUGUCAUCGCAAGAAAAAAAUGCGCAAAGAAAAUCGAUGUAAGAAGAAGAACCCCUUUGAAAAUCUCUCUCUCGCUCAAAAAGAAAAAAAAAAUGCAACCAUAUUUUGUGUGGGACAAUUAGGAUGUUGAGAAUAAACAAACAAAAAGAAGAAGAAAAACAUGAUUGUAAAAUGGAGAAAAAAAAACCGUGAGAAAUAAAAACGACGAAAAUCAGUGUCUUUUCCACGUUUUUUCUGUGUGUGGAAAGAGACACGCUGCAAGAGGGAUUGAUUGAAGAGGGAGAUACUAAAAGAAAAAGAAAAACAGGAAGAAGAAAAUAGGAAGAAACCACCAACAAAUGAAAUGUGAAAAAUUUGUGUGAUUUGCGAAACAAAAGGAGCCCUUUUCAUCUGUGUUUUUUUUUUAGCGUAAAACAAAAGAUAAUAUCUUCAGUCUUUCAAUAAAAUGUGUGUUGGAAAGAAGCAAAUUAAGAAGAAGAAGAGGAAGAAAAAAAAAACAGAAAAAGAUGAGUAACAAGAGUAUUGCAGAAAAAAAAUGUAAAGAGAAAAUUUUAGUGUGUCUCGAGAGAAAAAUUUGAAUAAAGAAAGAGAGAGAGGAA